UUUCACGCAAACCUGUUAAAAUGAUCCCUCAAAAUCACGUGUAAAUUAACCAAACGGAGUCGGCCGUUUCGGGACACACAUUUCAUUAUGAUCCUGAUACAUUGGCGUUGAAUCAAAAUGUCACGCUCAUUGAACACGUCCAGAACCGCGGUCGACGUGAACCGGAAACCAUCCAAAAUGCUGAAAUGUAAGCGGUCGGCCAGCGGUACGGGACGUAAAUCCUUGUCGAACAUGGAAAUCGUAGCUCGAUUAAUGGGUGGCGCGGACAUAUCGGAACCUGCGGAAGAAACGUCGAGCGUGUCGGAGGACAAAGUUUCAGAAUUGGUGACCACUGUGGAGAGCAGAGGAGAGUCCGUCGCUUCGCAAGCUGCGAAACCCGCGACCACGGGCGGACCGUGCUGCACUUGUAUCGCACAGGUGCCAGGGUCCGUUGGAGACAAGAAGAUGGACGAAAUGAUCGACUUCGUGCAGGAGAACUUGCAAGAAGCCGGUAAAGCAUUGGCCACCUUAGGCGAGAACUUUGAACACGAUUCAAAGCUGAUGUUCGUCGACAUACUCGGUCGGAUUCAACAAUGGACGGCUAUAGUUGAGAAGAAGUUGGAGGACUGCAAGAAGGCGCUCGAAAAAAUGCGCAGGGAGCUGAUGGCGCGGCUUUGCGAGAUCGAGAAUCUGAAGAAGAAGUUGGCGGAAUGCGAGGCGGAACGCGACGCGGAACGCCAUGCGGAGCACAAAGAGACGGUGGUGGAACCAGAGGUGCAAGAGAAGGAAAUUGAAGAAGAGCCUGUGAUACAAGAUUCCAAGGCUGAGGUAAUUGCCGAGCAACGAAGUGUCGAACCGCCGCCGCCGCCGCCGCCGAUGCAAACUGUGGAGAUCGUUUGCACCGACGCGGCCAUUCAAUCGAUCAUGAAGGACAAGGACAGAAUGAGACGAGAGCUCGAGCUGGAAGCGGAAAUAACGCGGCUGAAGAGGGAGAACCAGCGUAUCAUCAGAGAACGCGCAGAAUACGAAAACGCGAUACAAAGAGCGCUUUUGCGAGGCGUUUCCUGUUUGAACGUCGAAGCCUUGAGGGUUUUGAGGUCUCCGCCGAUCCCGUGUUGCACCCCUUGCAGCCCUUGUCCCCCUGGCAAUGUGGAGGCAACCGUGUGCAAGAGGGUCGCUUCGAACGGGAUGUCCAGAGGUUGCGUCACUCAACGAAGUGUCAGCGGAAAAUGCGUUCGAGAGCCAAUGACGGCGAAACGACCCUGUGGCAGUCCGUGUUGUUCGGCUGGUCGGAACCGGAAGACAGCGUCCAGCAACAGCAUGAUCUUCCUUCUUCAUCAAGGCGACGCAGAAAACCUCUGUGUCACUGACACUCCGCCGCCUCGGGUCUGCGGUCAGCCUGUCAUGAAGAAGAUCGAGAUACCACCGUGCCCGAGGUUCUGAUCACCGCUUUCUCCUUUCCCGAAGGACUAUCCACCGUUUCACCGCGGAACCGGAAGCACCUCGGCCAGAGCAGUCGCUCCUUCCGAUGCAACCCGGUGAAAAUGCAAUCCCGACGACGUUCUCGGAGUACGUCAUCGCGGUGAAAUGUCGCGCGUGACGUUGAGUUCGGCAGCGGUCAGCAACGUCGUGCCAUCGGAAGAAGUAAAAGUUCGCGAUACCGGGAAACGCGAACCGUUCGCGCGACCGUUUCGUUUUCGUUUUUUAAACGCUUUUGGGAAAGCUCGUGGGAAAACCCAUGGAAAUCGACUGGGUGGCUCCAUGGAAAUCGACAUCGGAAAGCAGAAAUUGACGAACAACACUGAAAAAUCGAACGCUGCACCAAAAGUCGCGCAACAUUCUCCGGACCUUCUCGAGUGACACCUUGAACCACGCCGCGAUUGGAAGCUCAAUGAAUGCGCAAUUAAUUCGACGGUAUUCGACAAUAAUACUUUGGAACGGAUCUAGCAUUCGUUGAUCUUCCUUGGUCGAUCUGCGAUCAUUCGAAGGGCUGACUGGCGAUUCGGUGCACGGUGUAAUAAAUAAAUUUCAACCCUCUGCGAUCCAGAUUGUCAUUAUUCGUGCUUCGAUCGAAAGUGAAAUUUAUUCCAUGGCCUCGUUAAUGUUCAAUUGAAAGAGGAUCUGCCUUCAGAAAUCAUUUUAUAAAUUUACAACGACUCGAUUGUAUAAAUCUGUGAAUCUGUAACUCUGUAACAUUGUAAAUCUAUGACCCUGUACAUCUGUAACUCUCUGACUCUGUAAAUCUGUAAAUCUGUAAAUCUGUAAAUCUGUAAAUCAGCGAAUCUGUAAAUCUUAUAGUAAAUCAUAGCGCAUAGAUUGCGUACGAUUGUCCAAAGCAGAACGAAAUAAAGUUGAUUGCAGCGUUUCAA